AUGCGUUCUUCUGUCUUCCUUAUACUCAGCUUCGGUGCUUCUCUCGCUAUGGCAUCGCCCAUUGCCAAGCCUCGUUCUGCUGUCGAGGAUACUGUAGCUUAUCCCGACGCCUACAAGGAUAUACACGCACGAGAUGAGGUCGUUGUAGCAUAUCCCGAUGCCUACAAGGACACUACUGGACAUUGA